AUGGCUGUAGCUGUGAAUGUUUCUCUCACUCCAGGACAGUCAUAUAGCCGAUAUGAACUGCUGGCUUGGCUCAAUGAAUCUUUACAAACAGGAUUCACCAAGGUGGAACAAGUGUGCACAGGUGCAGCCUACUGCCAGUUGAUGGACUGGAUAUUUCCGGGGUCACUGGACUUAUCCCGGGUUCGCUUCCAAAGCAAAGAACAGGUGGACAUCAUCCACAACUAUAGUUUACUGCAAGCAGCAUUCAGAAAGGUUGGAGUUGUUCGAUACAUCCCCAUAGAUGCGCUGAUGAACAGGAAUGCUGUAGUGACUCUGACAUUCCUGCAGUGGUUCAAGCUUUUCUUUGAUGAGAACAAUGAAGGCAGAGAGUAUCACGCUUUGGAGGCCAGAGGAGGACAGAGUAUGGUUCCUACCAACUCAGAUGAUCGUUCAUCCCAAAGCUCUCAUCCAAAAGUGGCGAUUAUUGUAAAGAUGGAUGGCAAAGGAAUCGAAGAACAAAGCAAACAGAAACAGGGGCCUUUGAAUGAUAAUUCAGGUGUAAUAGUGUUGAUAUCGGAUGAUGAUGAGAACAGCAUCUUGGAAGUGACUGGUGAGUGGAAAAAAGGACAAAUAGAUCAAAAGGACCCAACGGGAAAAGCCCAGUCUUUACUGGCACAGAAGAAAGAGGAUAUGAUGACUUCAGUACAAGACUGCAGUGAUACAUUGCUGCACUUCAUCAGAAGAUGCCAUUGUGGAAAUGGGAACACAAACUCAGAGGCUUUAGGAUCAAUAGUUUCAGCUGUUUUGAGUCCUUCCUACUCUUCAGAAAUCAUCCAGGCCUGUUUGCACACGCCGUACUGCCUCUACCUGUACAUGGGGGUGGAGAUUGGUGAAAGGCAAAGCACAAGUGUUGUUCUGAUUGGCUAUCUUGACCAGAACACAGGAGUUAUUGAGUUGAGACUGCUGGGUAUUCUACAGAUGGGUGUUGACAGAAACCCACAACCUGCUGCAGUCGCACACAAUGCAAAGUCAGAUGCUGGGAUCCUUACUAAGUUCUUAAAGCAAACUGGCCUUUCGCUGUAUAAUCUUGCUGUGUUUUACUGUGAUUCUCCUCUUCUGGGGUUAAGCAGGGAGUUUGUGUCCUGCCUCCAGGUUUUCAGCCCUCGGUUGUUAUCGGUCUGUGGACUUCCUGGGAUAGCCAGUAGAGCCUGCCAGGCUGGCCUCUUGGCUGCUUUUAGCUAUGUGUUGGACCUGAUCAGAGACAUCCACCAUCACUACAGCUCCACCAGCUGCCCUAUUGACGACAGGCUGAAACUGCUCUUUACUCGUGUAGGGUCUUAUGACCGUUCCCGUCCUGUCUCUGCACAGUGCUUAUUUGUCAUUCAGACUGUGCAGGAGAUGGCCAACAACUGGGAGGAUUUGGUGGACUAUUUUCAGUCUGUGUGGCAAGAUAGCAAUGUGCUACAUAUCAGAACCAAGCUCAUGGAUCCUACAGUGAUGCUGCAUUUUCUGUUCCUGUCCCACACUUUGGAGCCCGUCCGAGUUCUCCAGGAAUUACAGCAGUCUCGUACAGGAGAACUGGCUGUGGAACUUCAAUUAACCUCUAUGCUGGUUCACUCCUAUGCAGCUAGCAUCUUACGGCCAUCCGUCACUGAGCGUUUUGUCAGGAAGCGAGACCUGAAUUUCCUCCACACUGACAAAGAGUUGCUGCCUAUAGCGGAAGUAAAUGUUGGUUCUCGAGCAGGGAGCUUCUUGUCGUGUUUCCAGUUUGGGGAGCAGGACAGAACAGACUUUCUGAAGAAUGCAGUGCUUUUCUAUAAAGCAGCGCUGGAGAGUCUGGUGGAGAGUAUUCCUGAUCAACUUGGAGAGGUAGUGCUGAGGAAUAUCAUCAUUCUGCUGAGACAACCUGAAAAUCCCAGUGUUCAUAAAGUGUCCACUCAGGUGCUGUCAGAGCUCGGUGUUCAGCUGGGUCUGUGUCUUGCCGGUUCUGCACAGACACAACAACUAUCAGACGAGUACCUCAAAUACAGUGAGACACUACAGGAGGAAACAAGGAGAGAAACAGGACACCGUUAUUGCUGGGCAAAGGUGUUUCGUGGCAUGAAACCAGACUCGAUUCUACGCAGAUUCCUCGUUACCCUCUUGGCCAUUCCUAACUCUGUAGACAGAGAGUUGGUGUUUGCUGAGAUGUUCACAAACACCAAGCGGAUUUCUCAAAGGAAGGAAGGUUUUAAAGAUUCAGUUCAACCAAGGACGGAAAGGUUGGCUGAGAAAUCUUUCAACAUCCACUCAUACAAGAGAAAAACGAAGGAGGAUGAUUGCGAUUCUUCAGAUAACAGUGAUGUUUCUGUCAAAAUAUGUGGUAUCCAGUUCCCUGUCACCGUGCAUAAUGACAAGAGAAUGAUAGACAGCACUGAAAAUUCCUCCGAUGUGAUUGAAAUCACAGAUGACAAGUCGCCACAGACCGCCCUACCAAGAAACUCUAAAGCUGGUGAACAUGGAACUUUGCCACUUGGUGCAGUUGAUGGGAAUCCACCAGCAGAAUGUGUCUACAUAGUGAGGAGUGAUGAUGACAAUGACGAUGAAAUGGAUUUGGGAGACACAGCGGUGCCCUCAGCUUCACCUAAAACAAAAUUAUUUAAGGAUAAAGUUGGGGAGCUGGUCUGGGGUUGGGUGGAGGGCUACUCUCCCUGGCCAGGCAUCAUCAGACCAUGCCAAAGAAAGGAAAAAAUUCCAGGGAAAAGAAUGGUUGAAUGGUUUGGACAAGGAAUAUGUUCUCAGAUCAGUGUGAACAAUCUCAAGCUGUUCGCCAACUUCGCUCAGUCCUUCUGUGCAAACUCCUUUGCUACCAUGGCUAGCUACCAAGACGCCAUCUUUCAGUGUCUACAGGAGGCAGCUCUGCGAUGUCAGAAGCAAUUCUCCUUGUGUGACGACAAACAGGAGCUGCUGAAGCAAAUGCUGGACUGGGCCUUUGAAGGAUUUGAACCAACGGGGCCAGAUGGACUCAAGCCAAAGGAUUUGAAAGAAGAUUUUGAUGAUGAGUUGGUGCAGUUGGCACUGGAGAAAGGGACCUGCUUCUUUAAAGACCUCAAAGGGAAUGUUGUUUUCCCUGGGUGGUUUGUUGUUUUUCAUGCCUUUAAGAGUGACGAGAGGUUCUUCGAGGGUUGUGGUUCAGCUGAGUUCUUCAACAAUGCUAAAGCCAUCCUUGCUUUGAAGAGGCGCUUGUCUUUGGAUGGAGGGGCCAGAUAUUGUUUUAGUGGCAUUGAAAAAGCCUCUGCUGUUAUUUCUGUUGAUGAGGGCUUGGUCGAUGAGCCAUUGGAGGGCCCGGUCAUUCUCAUCAAACCAGUCCUUCUGGUGAUGCCAAAAAAAACCAAUAAGCCGAAGCGGAAGAAGAAACUUUUCCUCAAAACUAGUUCUACUCCUCAUUCCUCCAGAGACUCUAGCCCAAAGAAGAGCAAACGGGACAUCAGCUCUGAGCUGAAUGAAGUGUCAGCUUCUUUGAACAAACUGCCCUGUAACCAGCUGGAGACACAAGAGAGGGGACGAGCCCAAAAAGCAGAUCAGAAAGACACGUUGGAGAAAGUGAAAGGGGGAUGGGGAAAACCGAAGAGCAAGGGAGGAUGGAAAGCACGGAAGACCCCAAAAAAUAAAAGCAGCUUUUUUAGUGGCUUUGAUGAUGAUGCUUCUCUGGACUAUGUGCCGCAAAAGAGGAGGACCUACAACAAAGUCCUCAGUAAGGACAUCAAGCCGACCAGUGUUUACACCCAGCCUGACCAGAAACUUAGAGAGAAGAUCAUUCGGAAGAUCAUCAUGGACACAAAGCUGGACAUUGAAUUGUAUUCAGGCUUCUGUCUGUGUUGUGGAACUGAAAAUGUUGAGAUCUUCCACCCUUUAUUUAAAGGAAGCCUCUGCUUGAAGUGUAAAGACAACUUUACAGAAACUUUGUAUCGUUAUGACGAAGAUGGCUAUCAGUCGUACUGCACUAUCUGCUGCUAUGGAAUGGAAGUAAUCCUGUGUGGUAAAGACAGCUGCUGCAGAUCUUACUGUGCCGACUGUCUAAACAUCCUCGUUGGCCCGGGGACAUUUGAUUCAUUGAAGGAGAUCGAUCCCUGGAUCUGCUACUUGUGUCAAAUCCAUCAACCUCAUGGUUCUCUGUUUCCCCGGGAGGACUGGAGCAUUCGUGUUCAAGAGUUAUUUGCCAACAACAGUGGGAUGGAGUUUGAGCCGCAUCGUGUUUAUCCAUCAAUCCCUGCCAGCCAGCGCAAACCAUUGCGUGUUCUGUCACUGUUCGAUGGUAUCGCAACGGGCUAUCUGGUGCUGAAGGACCUUGGCUUCAAAGUGGAGAAAUACGUGGCCUCAGAGGUUGAUGAAGACUCAAUUGCAGUGGCGGCUGUUAACCAUGAUGCAAAGAUUGUUCACGUUGACGAUGCCAGGUUCAUCACGAAGGAGCAGAUUGAGAAGUGGGGUCCAUUUGAUUUGCUGAUUGGUGGAAGCCCGUGCAAUGACCUGUCUAUUGUCAACCCGUUGAGGAAAGGCCUCUAUGAGGGCACUGGCAGGCUGUUCUUUGAGUUUUAUCGCAUCCUGCAGCUGCUGAAACCCAAAGAGGAAGACCAGAGGCCGUUCUUCUGGCUUUUUGAGAAUGUGGUCUUCAUGAACACGUACACCAAAGUGAACAUUUGCCGCUUCCUGGAGUGCAAUCCGGUGCUGGUGGAUGCAGUCAAAGUUAGCCCCGCCCACAGAGCUCGUUACUUCUGGGGUAACAUUCCAGGGAUGAGCAGGCCCAUUGCAGCUUCUUAUAAGGACAAAUUGAAUCUCCAGGAGUGUUUGGAGGUCGGCAGAAUUGCCAGGGUCACUAAGAUACGAACAAUCACCACCAAUUCAAACUCUCUGAAGCAAGGCAAGAAUGCAUCUCUGCUGCCCAUCAUCCAUAAUGGAAAGGAGGACAAUUUCUGGAUCACUGAACUUGAAAAAAUCUUCGGUUUUCCCAAACACUACACUGACGUGAGGAACAUGAAUCGGCAGCAGCGACAGAAGGUGCUGGGGAAAGCGUGGAGUGUGCCAGUUAUCCGUCACCUCUUUGCUCCCUUGAAAGACUAUUUUUCCUGCGAAGAGCUAGCUCCUAUGACCACGUUGACCAGCAACAUGACCACGCCCAACACGCCUGCCACCAGCUUGACCACGCCCAGCACGCCUGCCACCAACAUGACCACACCCAACACACCUGCCACCAACAUGACCACGUCCAGCACGCCUGCCACCAACAUGACCACGUCCAACACGCCUUCCACCAGCUUGACCACGUCCAACACGCCUGUCACCGACAUGACCACGCCCAACACACCUGCCACCGGCAUGACCAUGCCCAACACGCCUGCCACGAACAUGACCACGUCCAACACGCCUGCCACCAACAUGACCACGUCCAACACGCCUGCCACCACCAUGACCACACCCAACACACCUGCCACCAACAUGACCACACCCAACACACCUGCCACCAACAUGACCACGUCCAACACGCCUGCCACCAGCAUGACCACACCCAACACACCUGCCACCAACAUGACCACGUCCAACACGCCUGCCACCAGCAUGACCACACCCAACACGCCUGCCACCAACAUGACCACGCCCGACACGCCUGCCACCAACAUGACCACGCCCGACACGCCUGCCACCAGCAUGACCACGCCCAACACACCUGCCACCAGAAUGACCACGCCCAACACACCUGCCACCAGCAUGACCACGCCCAACACACCUGCCACCAACAUGACCACGCCCAACACGGCUGCCACCAACAUGACCACGCCCAACACGGCUGCCACCAACAUGACCACGCCCAACACACCUGCCACCAACAUGACCAUGCCCAGCACUCCUCCCACUAACGUGACCACGCCAAGCAUGCCUGCCACCAACAUGACCACACCCAACACACCUGCCACCAGCUUGACCACACCUGUCAACAAUAUGAACAUGCCUGCUACCAACAUGACCACAUCCAGCAUGCCUGCCACCAAUAUGACCACGCCCAGCAUGCCUGUCAGCAGCUUGACCAUGCUUGCCACCAAUAUGACCACACCUAGCACUCCUGCCACCAGCAUGGCAACACCUUCCAACAAUAUGACUACGCCUGCCAAUGACAUAACCACACCCAGCACGCCUGCCACCGACAUGACCACACCCAGCACACCUGCCACGGACAUGACCACGCCCAACACACCUUCCACCACCUUGACCACACCUGCCAACAAUAUGACCAUGCCUGCUACCAACAUGACCACGCCCAACACACCUUCCAUCAGCUUUAUCAUGCCUGCCACCAACAUGACCAUGCCCAACACGCCUGCUACCAUCUUGACCACACCUGCCACCAACAUGACCACGCCCAACACACCUUCCAUCAGCUUGACCAUGCCUGCCACCAGCAUGACCACGCCCAACACGCCUGCCACCGACAUGACCACGCCAAACGUGCCUGCCACCAACAUGGCCAUGCCCAACACACCUUGCACCAGCUUGACCACACCUGCCAACAAUAUGAACAUGCCUGCUAUCAACAUGACCACAUUCGGCACGCGUGCAACCAACAUGACCAUGCCCAACGCGCCUGCCACCAACAUGACCACGCCCAGCACGCCUGCCACCAAUAUGACCAUGCCCAGCAUGCCUGCCAGCAGCUUGACCAUGCCUGCCACCAACAUGACCACACCCAGUAUUCCUGACACUAGCAUGACAAUACCUGCCAACAAUAUGACUAUGCCUGCCAGUGAUAUGGCCACGGCUAACACGCCUGCCACUAACAUGAGCACGUCCAGCACGCUUGCCAACAACUUGACCACGCCCAACACACCUUCCACCAAUUUGACCACACCUGCCAACAAUAUGACCACGUCCAGCACUCCUGCCACCAACAUGACCACGCUCAACAUACCUGCCACCAACAUGACCACGCAAGGCACGCCUGUCACCGAUAUGACCACGCCCAACACACCUGCCACCGACAUGACCACGCUCAACAUACCUGCCACCAACAUGACCACACCCAGCACGCCUGCCACCAGCUUCACCACGCCCAGCAUGUCUGCCACCAGCUUGACCAUGCCCAGCAUGUCUGCCACCGACAUGACCACGCCCAACACACCUUCCACCAGCUUGACCACGCCCAGCACAUCUGCCACCAGCAUGUCCACGCCCAGCAUGCCUGCCACCAACAUGACCACGCCCAGCACACCUGCCACCAGCUUGACCAUGCCCAGCACACCUGCCACCAGCAUGACCACACCCAACACGCCUGCCACCGACUUGGCCACACCUGCCAACAAUAUGACCAUGCCUGCUACCAACAUGACCACGCCCAACACGCAUGCCACCAACAUGACCACGCCCAACACGCAUGCCACCAACAUGACCGCGCCCAACACGCAUGCCACCAACAUGACCGCGCCCAACACGCAUGCCACCAACAUGACCACGCCCAACACGCAUGCCACCAACAUGACCACGCCCAACACGCAUGCCACCAGCAUGACCACGCCCAACACGCAUGCCACCAGCAUGACCACGACCAAUACGCCUGCCACCAACAUGACCACGAUCAACACGCCUGCCACCAACAUGACCACAUCCAUCACGCCUGCCACCAACAUGACCACAUCCAUCACGCCUGCCACCAACAUGACCACACCCAACAUGCUUGCCACCAACAUGACCACAUCUAACACGCCUCCCACCGACAUGACCACGCCCAACAUGCCUGCUACCGACAUGACCACAUCCAGCACGCCUGUCACCAACAUCACCACGCCCAGCACACCUGUCAACACUUCCUCCCCAUCCUACCCUGUAUCUCCAGAUAUACAGGAAAUGAUCUUGGAGUAA